UGUUGCCAGCUUAUCGUUUCGUACCGUUUCGCGUCCGUGUUGUUGCUGGAUGAGCAAGCAGCGCGUGAUGCCGGCGCCGGCGCCGGCCGCCGAGCCGCGGCUCAAGAUGCCGGUCGACCGCUUCGCGAUGAUGCGCCAAGUCAACAAGGAGGCGAACACCUCUGCCUUUGACACGGUCUCGGCGACGCAAAACCACCGUGAGCGCAAGGAGCAGGAGACCAAGCGCCGCGCCGAGGCGACGCUCAUGGAGAAGGAAGACUACACGUUCACGCAAGAGGGCGUCGACCGGCUCAAGCGGCGCGAGGCGCGGCUGCUCAUGGAAGCCGAAGAAAAGCGAACGCGGCAGAUCCUCGCAGCCGAAGCCGCGGCGCGGUACGCAGCGGCCGAGAAGGAGCGCAAGCGCAUUGAAGCCGAGGAGCGCCAGCGAUUGCUUGAGGUGCACCGCGCGCAGAUGGAAGCGCAAAAGGCCGCCGAAGCCGCCGACCUCGCGCGCAAGCUCGCGGAGCGGGAAGCGCGGCUGAAAAAGAUGAAGGAAGACGCGGACCGCAAGGUGCGGGAGGAGUACCAGAAGAAGGAGGAGGCCAAGCGCGCGGAAAUCAACCAUGUGCGCCAGCUGCAGCAGCAGCAGACCGAGCGCGAGCUCAUGGAAGCCGAAGAGGAGGCCGAGCGAGACAGGCUGCUCAAAGUCGCCGAGCAAGCGGCCAUCCAAGAGCGGAUCCGCGCCGAAGAGAUGAAGUGGAAGGCGUGGGAGGAAGCCGAGGCGCUCAAAGAAGCCGAGGCGCUCGCCGCGCGGCGCGCGCUUCUCGCUGCGCAAUACGAAGAGGACAAGGCGCGCCGCAUGGACCUCCAUCGGCUCCGCAAAGAAAAAGAAAGUCGGCUCAAGAAGAUGGCCGAGCCCGUCGUCGAGACCAGCGUCGCGCCGGUCGCCGACCCAGCCCACAAAGGGAUCCCCAAGGCCGGCUCGUUUGUCGUCAAGCCAGCUGCAGAGAAAUUGGAGUGGCGCGAUGUCUCGGCGCUGAGCAAGGACCAGCUCCGCGACGAGUUGACGAAUUGCGCGCAGCUCAAAAAAUCCCUCAAGCAAGACAUUGUGGCGUGGUGCGACGCGUUCCUGGCCAAGAUGCACCGACCACCGUCGCUCGAAGAGAAGCAGGAAAUUCAACCUCUCUACAAACGCUACAGCGAAGUCGAGAGCCACUUUCGUGCUGUCAAGGCGCGGCUCGACGGCGACGCCAAGCUCGUGUCUGUAUCCGAAGCGCCGCCCGUCAAAAGCUCGAGCUCGACAAAGCUACCGCCGACCAACGACGCCCCCAGCAUGCAAGUCAUUCUGACAAAUCGCAAGCGCGACGUCAAAAAAGCUAUUCAAGAUUGGACUUCAGCGUUCCAGGCCACCCACGGCCAUCUCCCGAGUGUUCAGGAAAAGAGGGAAAUCUUAUCCUUGUACGAAGACUACGCCAAGAUUGACGCGCAGCUCAAAAACCUCAAGUACACGGUCGUCAGUGUCGAGGUGCCGACUCCCCACAAGAAACCACCCAAAGCCGGAGCCCUCGAUAUGAAUGCAAUCAAAGAGAUGGCGGCCAAGCAAGCAACGGCCAAGGCCAGCCCCAUCAAAAAGCAUCUGCCCGAGACGGCCAAGCUCGAAAGCGACGACAACCAGCCCGGAGCGGAUAUGGAGGAAACCAAAGCUCCCGCAAAUACUAGCGAAGUCCCCGAAGUGCUCGAGCCGACAGCGUCCGAGCCCGUCGAAGAGCCAUACCCUAACCCCUCCCGAGUACUCGAAUGCGAAGCCAACGCUGCAGAGACGGACGAGUCACCAACUGCGGAGCUACCAGCGCCGUAUCGUGGUACUGAAGACCCUGCGCAAGAUAGCCAAGUACCAUUGACGAGUUCGGCACCAGACGUCCACUGUGAGCCCACGCUGACACAAGAUGUGGUGUCGGAGGCCGUGAACGCUGCAAAGGACUCGACGGAAGCGGUGCCAUCGACAUCGGCUUCCUUGGUUGUAGAGGCACAGCCGAGCCUCGACGCAAGUUUGCUUGCGAAUACGACAUCGGCGCCAUCCCCUGAUGCAGUCGGGCCCACGGCGCAAGGCGAUGCCAUGUCGGCAUUGGCCACCGAUGAGCCUGCAGCGCAGACUGACACGACGUUAGACCGUGCAAGCGAGCCACCGGCUGAUGCGCCACCAACGGACAUUAGAAAAGCGACCGAAUCAGCUGUGCUUGGACCUUCGGAUGUCCAAGCGCUGCAACCAGCAUCGAUCGAGUCGACUGAGCUCCAUGUCGAACCGCCGCGGUUGACCGAGCCAUCGACAAUGUCAACACCCCGGGCUCAAGUCGCGAGCAACAACGAGGCAAGUCCAGUCGACUUGAUGACCGAAGGCAGCGACUUGAGCGUCGACUCGACGACUGAAAGCAGUGCACUGAGCGUCGACAACCAAGUGCCACCGCCUCAAGUCGAAGCGCACACGCUACCCGAGUGGCUGGCGCUCGAGCUUUCCGUCCUCGACGCUCUUGACGAUGCACCUUCGGACGCUGAAUCCACGUUGGAAGCAAGACUCGACACUGUUGUUGCAGGUAUCCAGGCGCAAACCGAGGCGGCACCCGCGUUUCUUCGCGUCGAGUCGGUCGAGGCUGCGUCGCCAGCAGCGGCGGCCAAUGUGCUGCCCAACGACCUCAUUGUGCGGUUUGGAUCCGUGUUGCGGGACGCAUCGCAGCCAACGAGUACCUUGAUUCGCGACGUGGUCGCGCUUGUGAACGCCCGGGCAGCCACCGCGCGAGCACUCGGUAUCUCGGUGCGGCGCGGGGAUGCGACAGCGCACUUGGUGCUUCGGCCGCAAAAAUGGGCUGGCGCGGGCCUUCUCGGGUGUGUCUUGCAACCGUACGAGGCGAGCAAAGUACCGUCGCCGCCCAAACCUCGGCCGCUGUCGGCGGCCCCCGUGGCGCCCCCGGAAGACGCCUUUGAUCCCGCGCCCCUGAUGCGACUGAUGACGCAGUCGAUGGAUGCAAUGGACUUUCAAAAGGCGGUCGACCACGAAAUGCAGUUGUACGACGCCCAAGACGCUCUUUCGCAGUGGCUACAAGCACACCCGUCGACGACCGACGACCUUGCAUCAAUCGGUGCUCAGCUGGAGGCCGUGCGGGCAAACGCAGCCAAGGUCCUCCACGACCACUUACGGGACGCCGGCGUGAUCCCGUAUCUCCGAGUUGACACGGUGGAGGCAGAGUCGCCCGCCGCGGCAUCCGGCCUCCUUCCUGGCGACCUUGUUGUCCGCUUUGGCGGCGUCGUCUCGGUCGACGGCACCAAGACACCUGCGUCGAGUUUGAUUCAGCACAUUGUGGCCCUUGUCAACGCUCGGCGCAACCAUUGUCUGAGUGUCUCGGUCGAGCGUAGCACCGAAAACGAUCUCGUUCAUUUAUCUAUCCGCCCGCAGACCUGGGCCGGCGCAGGUGCGCUGGGCUGUGUCUUGCACCCGCACGAGCGACCAGCGCUGAGUAUUCUCACCGAGCCGGAACCGCCGUCGUGGCCAACGAACGCCUUUGCGUACAUUGAGGCCAUGGCGGCCGCCCCGUCGCCCGCAAGCAUCGCUGGCCUUCUGGAAACCGACUGCAUCAUCGGAUUCGACGGCCUCGACGGCGGCGCGACGCUCCAAGAGGCGCUAACGACGUUCAACAGACUCACAGACUUUCCGCUGACGCUGUAUCUGUCACGGUACUGCCCCAUCGAGACGGGGUCCCCCGGCUACGUCGAGUUCGCGGUCGUCUUGAACUCCUGGGACGGUAUCCUCUCGAUUCAGCCGCUCGUUGCGAUCGAAGCAGCGGACGAUCCCUCUUCGCUGCCCGAUUCGACUCUACCCUCGGUACCCUUUGCUCGCGUGCUCCGGGUCUACCCCGAGUCCCCCGCCGACACCGGGGGGCUCAUGGCCGGCGACUACGUUCACGUGAUAAGCGACGUGAUGUAUCCGUCGCCCGAGGCUGUCUCGGACUGGAUCGGACACCAGUUUUCGACUCAGUCGUCCGUCGCACUGCAAAUCACGCGCUGUCUCGACGCCGACGACAGGUACACGGAAAUCCAGCUGCGCAUUCUGCCCGAGCGUUGGUGCGCGCCACAGUUGCACUUGGGCGCGCACGAUCGGCGAAUGCUUGAGCUCUUUGGGUGGACCCUCGAGUUUCUCAAAGAGCCCGUGUACCCGCCAUUCUUGGUUGUCGAGAGCGUCGUACCGGCGUCGCCCGCCGCGCUCGGCGGUGUCUGCGCCGGCGACCUCGUGGGAAAGUUUGGGUCGCUUCUCAAGGCGUCGCUUGGGGGCCCGUCGUCCGUGGCCGAGAUGGUGCACUUGUACUUGGGCCCGGAAACCAAGCAGCUCGAGGGACACAAGCUCACGCCGUUGCCGAUGCAAGUGCAUCGAUACGACGCCGCAACAUGCCUUGUUACCCGCGUCAACCUCUUCUUGCCCCCGCCCAAGCCUGGCUUCUACACCGGAGAUGGCGUGUGGGGCUGUUGCCUGCAACUAUGGGCGCCAGAGGCGCUAGAGCCCCUCCUCGUCGUGACGACAGGCUCUCUAUGCUGUGGACUCCAAGAAGGCGAUUUGCUGCUGGACGUCCAAGGCGUCCGCGCACCAAGUUCGCUCGACGCUCUGGCGGCCGCGAUGGCGUCAGCGUCGUCUCUGACACUCGUCGUGCAGCGCUGGGACCCAUCGCAGUACCUUUACAUUUAUUUUCCCCUGGUUCUGGCAGUAAGGACACGCUGUGACGCAAGCACGGACUCUGAAAUUGACGUUGGCGGCGUCGGCUGCAUCACGUACGCUUCCUACUGGCAACGGUACGAGGCGGCGAAUCCGUCGGCGCUGCCGUGUAAAUCGUGCUGGGAAGCCACCUUUGCAACAGUCGCCCACGGCGCCGCCUACUGCGGACACCUCGACUGCCUCACGUACCUCAGCCAGUACUUUGACGUCUUCUGUCUCGACCCGCUCGGACGCACGCCGCUGUUUUACGCAGCCUACGCCAACCAGGUCGACUGCGUACUGUUGCUACUGUCGAUCGACGUCGAUGGCACACUGCGCGAAGCGACGGACGCGAACGGCGACACGAUCCUGCACGCGGCUACGAGCGGCGGCGCCCUCGCGGCCAUGCAGCUCUUGCUGCAGCACGGCCUCAGCACCGAGCGCGUCAACAACCUGGGACUGCGCCCCGUGCACAUUGCGCCAACGAUGGAGGCGCUGCAGGUGCUCGCCGACGGCCAAGCCGACCUCGUCGCGCUCGACACCUCGGGCCGCCUCGCGCUGGCGUAUGCGUGCAUGGCCGGGGACGAGGCGUGCGUCGCCUACUUGGUGGCCGAAGGACCCGAGUUGAUCGACUAUGCGGACACGGACGGCAACACGCCGCUGCAUUUUGCUGUCCUCAGCGGGUCGCUGCCAGUGGUGCAAGCGCUGCUGACGGCGUCGCCCAACUACAUUCUGCGGCCCAACAAGGACGGGAAAAGCGCCCUCGACCACGCUGUCGAGAACGAGUUGCCGUCGAUCGCUGCGUUCUUGGAGGCGACGUGUAUGGUGCUUGACGAGAUGGGAGCUGCCCUCUCGGAAUAGAUAGAAGAGAUGUGUUUGGUCGGGUCCCCAACUACUAUUUUGUACUGAAAAAACGACUUGGGAAAAGACA